AUGGGAAAUUAAAAUGCUAGAAAUUAAGACAAUGUUCCUUUGGCCCCAUAUAAUGCUUCUGAAAAUUACUAACCUUAGAUGGGGGCUUAUGGCAAUAACCAAUAUUCAAUAAAUUCUAACUACUCAGCUGCAAAUGAUAUGCCAAAUCCUCAAUACCCUCAACAUUAAAAUGUUUAACUACAAAAUCAAUAACAAUCUAUACCAAAUUAAACCAAUAUACCUAACAUGACAAGUAUGCCCCCUAUUCCACCAAUACCAACACAUCCAAUUUAAUUAGGUAUUCCAGUUAUUUAAUCACUUGAAAUUGGUUAAAUACCCUAAUAAGCAAUAACAAAUGAUCUUAAAGAUUAGCCAUUCCAUGUAAAAAAAAAAGAAAUCAUUAAAGCACUUACAAUAUAUCUCUUAAUGCAAAUAAUUUAAAAUGGAUUAUCAUUGUUUAUAGGUGUAUACUUAGAUCGAUCCAGGAUGGAUGGAAAAUUUUCUUCAAUAAUUUGCCUCAUUAGUUCUAUUUGCAGCCUUGUAGUUGUUAUCUCUGGAAAAUAUUAGAAAUUUCAGCAAGUAUUUCGAGUAUUUUAUAGAUAGAAUCCAAGAGCCAUCAUUAAUAGCUUCCUAAUUAUACUGUUCUAUAGUUUAACUAUCAUUUCCUAUUUCUACUUCUAAAGUAAAUAAGCUAUCAGCGAUUCUUACAUGAUUGGGGUAAUAUACGUGGUUUUGGUCCUUUAGUCUAUAACAAAUUGUAUAGUAAUUGCAAUAACUAUUUUAUAUUUUGCCAUAGAAUAGAGACAGGUUAGAUUUGAAAGUAAACUUUAGUUAAAUAUUUUAGUUUAUUUCUUAAUGCUUUGCUUCGCAGGAUUCAUAACGAUUAUGAUAGAAAUUUGGCUAUUACUUUUUGUUUGUACUGCGUUCAUAUUUGGGACUCUACUAAUGGUAGUACUUCAAUAAUUGAUGAAUGGAAGAGUACAUAUUAAUAUUAAUUUACAUAGUUCCAAUUAAAAAAGAAUUAAUCCUUUGGAUUAUGCAAUGCAAUUUAUUUGGGAAUUCUGGUUCCAUGUAAUAUAUUUUGAUAGUUAUUAUAUAAUUAUAAUAUUAUUAUAAAA